AUGGGUUUAUCCACUUUCCGCGCUUUGGGAUCUCGUCGCGCCUCCUCCAGCGGCAGAGAGCUUUCUGCGUUGAUGGAAACAUUUGUGUCGUCGUCAUCCAAGAACUUUCAGCAAAACGAAGAGCAACAAAAGCAGCGACGCAGAUGCUCAACGUCAUCGACCUUGAGAAUUCCGGAUAUGCUACGAGAUAGAAAGAUACUAGCAAAGUGCAAUUCUCGACCCAUUUCUUGGCAACGCGGAUACGCUGCAUCGUCAGCGCCGGUACCAGCUGCAGUAGCAGGGGAGAGCUCUUUCGAUGUCGUCUCUUCAACCGUCGCGACUGCGUUACAACACGUUCAAUUGCACUCGGGUUUACCGUGGUGGGCAACACUAGGCGCCACUGCGUGUAUUAUUCGCAUUUCUAUGCUCCCUAUCUUAUCAAAGCAAAUGAAGGCGAGCGUUUUAAUUGCACACGCAACGUCCGUUUUGCAGGCCAAAAAGAAACGCGAGGCGGAAAAAAGACUUGCCGACAAGGACGCGGCUUCCAUCAACGACGUUCCCGAAAAAGCAGCAAUUUUCAACGACGUUUCAGAAACGUUACGAAUAGCUAACGCUAUUCGUCAGCGAUUGCCAGACAAUUCAACCGCGCCGCAUCCGUACUGGCUCCUUGCGGCUCCAAUGAUUCAGCUCCCAACGUUUGUUUGUGCUAUUUCAGGCGUUCGAAGUUUAAUAUCGAAAGCGUCGAACGAUGUCGCUUCUGGUCAUCAGAGUGCGUUGUAUGCGGACCUUUCCAACGGUGUGGAUUAG